UUGUAUAUAUUCCAGGGAGAGAACCUCCCAUAUAAGUUUUAAUGAUAUCUUAAAAAUAAAAUGCUUUUGUUGUCUAUAUUCUGCACAGAUGUUAGUCAAAGCUAAACCAUGAAUAUCAAUAUUGCCAUCAAAUAUCAUGGGAAACUGUUAUUUUUCCAGUAAAUACUGUGUCGGUGUUUAUUUUAAGUUUAAAGAGAGAAAAUACAGUGAGAGAGUUUCAUUUCAAGUCAGAUAAUGAUCUCUAACUUUGAAAAGGUUAGAUUUUAGUCAGUUUGUGCCACCUGCUGGGUGAUUAGAAGUUGAGAUUUCCUGUCGACCAUCUUCUGCUCGAUCAUCUCUGAUCUGCUUGCGGUCGGAAACUAUGGACACUUAAAAUGGUAUCUGUGAAUUUUGCGACAUUUGAAGCACUUCAUGAGAUAUAAUUUUUGUUUUCUGGCUGAUCCACUUUAAGCACAUUUUGUGGCAUAUUGAAAUUUGAGGCUGUUUGGACAAUGAUGUCCCAGGAAGCAUUAAAAUAAAAGCCUGAAUUUGCUUUCACUGCUGUUUCUUAUCAAGCCAUCAAUCUUUUUUUUUCAUUUGUAUGACCAAGUAUUUAAUAUUUACAACUAUUCUAUAUGCUUUGUUUUGUAUCAUUAGUGGACUUCUGCGUUCUCUUUUUUUUUUGUUAAAGUGUGCUCAAAGAUGUCUGUGAAGGUUCUCAGUCAUCCAGUCAUCAAAGAUGGGAUUUCUCAUCUCAGUUGUUUGUGUAUUUAUUUGAUGCAUUUGUCCAGUAUUGUAGAUUCUGCAUCACUGGUACCAUGAGAAAUAUCUGCAAACAUUUCAAGAUUUUAUUUUCGAUAGUUUCUGAGAUAUUGUCAUCCAGACAUAGCCUUGAAUUCCAAUGUGUGAAAACAAAGCUUACUGAAAGUGGUAGACGGACACUUUUAAAAUAAAUUCUAUCUUGGGAAGUGCCUGAUAUAUCAAACUGACAUUUCACAAAUGUUGUGAUAAAUAUCCAUAUUUUGUGCCGUAAAAUUUUCAGGCAAAUCAGAGACGGCUGAGUGGCUGCUGUUCUGGAGAUGGUUUUAUAUUUGAAUGUGAGGGCUGGACAAUAGCAUGAAUCAGUGAUCCACUCAGUGUUUAAUCACUAAAUCAAUUAUCGUGACUCCCAACAACCACUGACUAAUACCCAAAAAUCCAGUCAAGAAGCUCACAUUUGAGGUUACAGAAUCAGAAAUCAGCCAGUAUAAAUAUGAUGAAUGAUGCUGUUAAAGUUAAUCAUUUAGAUCAUAUUAUUCAGCCCUGGUAUAGUCAAUCAUAAUAAGACAAAAUAUGUUUAUGUACAUGUAAGAGGAAUAGCAAAUUCCCUAAAGCAGUUUUUUUUUUUUUUUUUGCUGAGAUGUUUCUGGAAGCUCCAUUUUCAGCCAACAUUUUGUCUGGAGCCGGCAAACAUUCGCUGUGAUGUCAUUGCUCUGAGACAUCCAGCCAGGAAGAAACACAAUCUCCCCUUUGUGCCAAACACGGACUUCCUGGCCGCUGGUGUGUAUGACGAUCCGGGGCAGGUGUGAUGUGACUCCUCUGAGCGUGCAGCGGUAACCAGAGAAGUGCAUUUUGCCCCACUUAGUUGCACCGUCACUCUGGAUAUAAAUAGGUUUACUGAAAGCCACGCAGGGACCGAAGGAAUCCUGUCACAACAGAGGGGAGGGAUCACUUGGUGUUCAUAAAAGACCAGACACACUAAGCUCACAGAGAGACGGCAUAGAGAGAGAACACUAAAACAGUUACACAGGAGGAAGCUAAACUCAUCUGAUAUAUACAGAAGCAGCUACAACAUGGGUUUGCACGGAUCCAAGCCUCGAAAACAAGCACAGGUCCUGAUGCUUGGACUGGACGGAUCAGGAAAGACCACCCUGCUCUAUAAACUUAAGUAUAAUGAGAGCGUGGUGACGGUUCCAACUGUGGGAUUCAAUGUGGAGACGCUGGAGACGGACAGGAGCAGCCCGGGCCUGACGGUGUGGGACGUGGGGGGCCAGAGGAAGAUGAGGCCCCACUGGAGGCAUCACUACACCGAUACCGCUGCACUGGUGUUUGUGGUGGACAGCUGGGACCAGAAGAGGCUGGAUGAGGCCUGCAAGGAGCUCCAUCGGGCCCUGAGGUACGAGAGUCUAAGAGGAGUUCCCCUCGUGAUCCUUGCUAACAAACAGGACUUACCCGGAGCUCUGAACCCAGAAGCUCUUUGCCUGAAACUGGACCUGAGAAGAGUUUGUGACGGCCGAGACUGGUUCAUCCAACCCUGCUCAGCCACCACCGGGAUGGGACUGGAAGAAGGGUUCAGGAGGGUCGUUUAUCUCAUGAAGACGCCGCUAAAACAGACUCAGGAGGACAUUAAAGUAAAGAUGAGGUCUAAAGGCUUCAGUGUCACAGCCAUGAAAAAGGUUUUGCUCUGUGGAAGUUGAUGGAUAAACAUUGUUGUUUUUAAUUUUAUCCAUAGCAUGUGCAGGAUUCCUCCUCCUUCCUGUUCAGCUCACCAGUAAGUGGCCUGACUGAGGAGUAUAUAAGGUUGAAGAAUGAUCCUGAGACAGAGAUCAGGGUUCAUUUCUGUGGUAUUUUAAAGGAGUCAUGAGGAAGAUUUUGGACGGUGAUGAUAAACUACAGGGAAUGUGUAAGGAAAGCAGUCUGACACUAUAUAAAGUGUACACAGAAAACUGAUUCCAAAUGGUGCUUCUGCAAGUUUACAGGGAUCCAAGAUAUCUUAAUUUCUACUUGUGCGGAUUUCUUUAUUUCUUUAUUUAUUUUUUUAUCAAUAUAUAGCUGUGUUUAUAUAUUUGGAAUGGCGCUGUCAGUGUCAUCAGACAAUACAUUGAAUUGAUUCUUUUCAACAACACAAACAUGACAAAGACGUCUGUACUGUGUAAGUAUGAUACCAAUGUAACGUAUUCAAAUCUGUCAACUUGUGUUAUGUUUUCUGGAUCUGUAUGCUGAUAUGACGCUGUUCCACUGUUGUUUUAUUUAUUUCUUGAAUUGAAAUAAAAACAUCUGCUAUUUAA